AUAGAAGUAAACUCAAAACAAUGAUAGGGUGCGCCAGCAGUUUUGAGCAUAUACAUACUAGGAAGAAUAUUAAUACGCAUUCUCGAUCAUGCAAUUAAAGUUUGCAAAACUUAAAAUAUGAAGCCACUUUCGAUUGAUUUUGGACCUCGAAAUAAGACCUUUAUUUAAUUUUGGAGUUAAAAAUGUUUAAUCUUAAUAAGAAAUGCACGCGAAUGAAAUUGUGCACACGGACAAUUGGGACAUUGGGAACAUGGACAUUAAAAUUUUCGAUAUAAUUAUUAAUUAUUUUAAUUCGAUAAUGAUAAAUAUCGACGAUGUACAGAUACAUAGACUUAUCUGCCAUAAUAAGGAAUCGAAAAGUAAAUAGUAUUAUUUGGGGCACUUCUAUUUUAUUUUUAUUUGUUAAUUCACACUAAUUGAGGCUUUCGAAAAGUAAUUUUAUUUGCUUUCAAAUUCUGACAAGGUUCGUACACAUUCUCGACUUUCAUUUUGAGGUUAUGUGCACUAAAACUACAUCGUAUUAUUACGUUAAAUCUAGUUCCGAAUAAUUUGUCCGAUAUCCACAUUCGUAACAAUUGUAAUAAUCAAUUCGAAACGAAAUGUGAUCGUAAACUGACAGCUGUCACCUAUAUAUAUACUAUGUGGUAGUUUUCUUUGCUGUGAAAUCAAACUGAAAACGAUGGAUUUCUUUCGCGUGAUUUGAAAUUGGAAUUAAGGGAAUAAAAGUUGUAAUUAACGAUACACGAUAACCGAGGGUGCAUCGUUUUAUGCGAACACGGAAAGUCUCUACAUAAGAGGCGUGCGGUAACAGUAGUGACAAAACGUUUUGCAGCGGCCGGUGUCUCUUUGGGUGGGGAAAAUCAAUAGGAAAACUCGAGUUCAAAUCAGAAGUAUGGGUCAUUAACGUUUAGCGGAUGAAACGCGUGGUGUUAUUUUCGAAUGAUUUGCCGUGUGUGUGUGAUGUGUCCUUGCCCGUGGAACCUUCAAGAUGACAAUUUCGUCGAACGGUGCCUUUCGACGCGUGCGAAAGCUUCGCGAAAUGUAGAAUAAAGCGGCGACCUUUGUAACAGCUGUGUCGAACAAGAAGAAAAUGUUAAGAUAUUGUAUAAUUAUCGGUGCUUCUUGACAUCCAGUUUGGAAGACGGUACCACACAUCGAGUUGCACGUAACAAUGACGAUAUUUCGAAAGAUAUUAUUGGUUUGUUUCGCGUCGUGUAUCCUGUCACGGAUCGACCACGUCGAAACCACUCAUAUUUCGGGUACUUUCAAUACAAAAGAGUUUUUUCGAUUUCUCGUAAAAUUUGGUUUCCAAAAGACCGAUCGUCAUCGGCAGAAAGAUUCGUACGGAUACAUUUUCGGCAAUGUAACGUCGAGAACGAAUUUCUCCGAGCCGAUUACCUUGGCAGUCUUGGAUCGAGGUCAUUUUAUAGAGUAUUAUGGUAAUCGUACCCUGGAAGAUAAGAGUACUGCUUGUACUCUUAUGUUUAACACCUUGAAUCAAAGCUCUUACGAUGUACACUGUAACGAGGAAGGUCAAGACUUUUUGAGGAGAGUACCUUGCCUGAAAGGUAAACUAUGCCCAGACGAAGAUUCCAUAUGGAACAUCGUAAAGGGACACCAAUUCACAUAUGUCAUACAAGAUUUUUGGCAGCCACGUUUUUGGUACAUGAGUUUAGUGGCAUGCUACAGAAAUACGACUACCUGUCAGUGGGAAUAUUAUGACAAACACGAUGUAUUAGAGUACGAUAUUUGGCUAGUAAAUGGUAAUCCAAAUACUAGCGGCCUAAAUAGUUUGACAUACCAGUUUUCGUACGAUAGACAAAACACCAUUGAAUUGUACUUGCUGUUUUUCACGUGCUAUAUUAUACUUGUGCCACUACAGUUAUAUGCAGUGAGAUUACAAAAGCACCCUGUGACGAGAUUAUUCACUGCUAGUCUGAUAUUAGAGUUUAUAGCGGUGUGUUUAAUUUUGAUACACGUGAUCAAAUUUGCUCUUGAUGGAGUUGGCUAUGAACAGUUAGAAGUUGCUGGAGAUAUUUUUGAUAUUCUAUCGCGAACAUCAUUCAUGUUAUUGCUUCUCUUACUUGCCAAAGGAUGGGCAGUAACACGAAUGGAAUUAACAUGGAAGCCAUUAGUUUUUGCUAUAUGGCUUUGUUAUGGAAUGGUCCAUGUUCUGCUAUAUGUAUGGAACAUGACAGAGGUCGAUAUUAUCGAAGAUAUUGACGAAUAUCAGACAUGGCCAGGCUGGUUCAUUCUUUUAUUUCGAAGUGCAAUAAUGAUCUGGUUUUUAUGCGAGUUACGGAAUACCAUGACAUACGAGCAUAAUACUCAAAAAUUAAACUUUUUACUUCACUUUGGCGCAUCUUCUUUAGUUUGGUUCAUUUAUCUACCUAUCAUAGCGCUCAUAGCCCUUCAAGUAAGCGCAUUGUGGAGGUUUAAAUUAUUGUUAGGUAUUACAUACUCUGCUGAUUUUUUUGCGUAUUGUGUAAUGGCACGUUUACUUUGGCCGACACGGAGCGAACAAUACUUUUUACUCGCACAAGGAGCAGACAACGGCGAUGAGCUCGACGAGUUCAACGAAGCACCACACGUACUGAACAAUUACGUAGAACCUCCAGAACUUAGUAAAAUAAUUACUUAACAUCAGAUCACAAAUGACAAAGGGCUACACAGAUAAGAACUCAAACUUAUAUAGUUUGAUGCGUGCUAUAUUUGCCAAAUGGUAAAAUUUUAUAGGGUUGAUAAUACUCUGCUACAUGCUACUUGAGACUGAUGUAUUCUGCACACUCUGUAAUUAGUGAUAUACUAAUAAUCAAAUUCAUAUAUGUGAUAGAAAGUCAAUAAUUGACGCAGGAAAACUAAAAUGGGUGAGUAUGAUAUGAGUACCUUUGGGUAAUUAAUUUAUCGUUUAUCAAGGAAACAAAUACACGAUUAAGUUGUAGCAAUUUGUAGAUACUGAAUCAUAAUGUUAAUGUACGAUGUUUAUGUAAUAUAUAAUGAUAAUGUGUAAUGAAUGUAUAUUUAUAACUUUUAUGUCAAUGUACAUAACGGUAACAUUUAGCUGUCGAAUAUUUAAUAUUAGUAUGAUGUGUUAUGACUAGUGAUAAUCAGGUAUACAUAGUCUCAUACUGCUCAUUUCUACUUACUUACAGUGUUAUUAAAAACAUUCCUCCUAGCGCUACAACGUAAUCCGACAACUUUAGUUUACUCAUGUCAUACUCUUAAAUCAUAUCUGUUUAACGUUAACGACACUGUUUUAAUCUUCAACUUAUUUUUCAUUGCUAUUUAUCGAUUACAUCUAGGAAAUUUAAUAAGGUAAUUAUAAAAUUAUAUUUAAGAAAUUUUCAAAUCCUGUACUAUGGUACACAUUUUGUAUGGUACCACCGAUACCACAUUUUGUAAUUACAUAAUAUUCGCUCUGUACGAAAAUUACUACACCGCGCGCUUGAAAGAAUAUGAAAAUUUAAAUUUACAUCAGUGUGACUUUCUUCACGUUUUAAUCUAACGGAAUGUAUUUGCAUAGAAGCAUGUAUAACUAUAACAUGUAUAAACGAAAUUGUGCAUUAGUACAUUAUACACAAGAUUUUCACAAAGAAAAGUAUUCUUUAUGCAUUUGUAAUUUUUGUCAGUAUUACAUUAAAAAUCCAUACACUGUAUUACAUUUCAAGUAAUCAAUCAAAUCAUUACAAAUAUAACUUUUAUAUGUAUUUUAAUAA